AUGGCCUCACCACCACCUCUACUAUUCUCAGUGAAAAGGCACAAGCCCACUCUGGUGGCUCCUUCCAACCCCACACCCCAUGAGUUCAAAUACCUCUCCGACAUUGAUGACCAGCAAGGUUUUCGUUUUCAAAUUCCAGUUAUUCAUUUCUACCGCUACAACCCGUCCAUGAGAGCUCGAGACCCGGCUCAGGUUAUCAGACAGGCAGUGGCUAGUGCGCUUGUCUUCUACUACCCAUUGGCAGGCAGGCUUAGGGAAGAAGGAACUGGACGGAAGCUUGUGGUAGAGUGCACGGGGGAGGGCGUCUUGUUCAUCGAGGCCGAUGCCGAUGUCAUGCUCGAACAGUUUGGUGGGGCACUGCACCCACCGUUCCCAUGCAUGGAGGAGCUCCUCACUGAGGUCCCUGGCUCUGAACGUGUUCUACACUGCCCCUUGCUUCUCAUUCAGGUAACCCGUCUCUUGUGCGGUGGCUUCAUUUUCGCCCUACGAAUUAACCACGCCAUCAGUGAUGCAACUGGGCUGAACCACUUCCUCAAUGCAGUGUGUGAGAUGGCACGAGGUGCACCUGCCCCGUCCUUACUGCCGGUGUGGCAGCGCCACCUCCUCAGCGCCCGCAGCCCACCCCGUGUGACUUGUGUGCACCGUGAGUACGACCAAGUGGCUGAGACCAUUGGUGCAUUCGUCCCACAUGAUGAUGUGCUCCACCGAUCCUUCUUCUUUGGUCCCAAUGAGAUAUCUGCCCUUCGGAAACAAGUGCCGUCGCACCUCCGCACCUGCUCCACAGUGGAGCUGCUGACCGCAUGCCUGUGGCGAUGCCGCACCAAAGCCAUCGGUUUGGAUCCCGACGUUGAAGUGAGGGUCCUAUAUAUUGUAAAUGCACGUAACAAGUACCGCCCUCCGUUGCCGCCUGGCUAUUAUGGGAAUGCAAUUGCACUCCCAGCAGCAAUAUCACCAGCAGGGAAGCUGUGCAAGAAUCCUUUAGGGUAUGCUGUGGAGCUAGUAAAGAAAGCCAAGUCAAGCGUGACAGAUGAGUACAUGCGAUCAGUGGCGGACAUGAUGGUACUCAAGGGCCGACCCCUAUUCACUGUAACGCAUUCUUUCCUCGUCUCGGACUUGACUCAUAUCCUUGUUGGGGAGGUGGAUUUCGGGUGGGGAAAGGCAGUGUAUAAGGGGCCAGCAAGGGGGGGUGUUGGGACCGAUCCAUUGGUGGCAAGCUUUUAUGUUCCAUUGAAGAACACAAGAGGAGAGGUUGGGAUAAUGGUGCCAAUUUGCCUGCCAAGGCCUGCCAUGGACAUCUUCUCGGCUGAGAUUGAGAAUAUCAUCAAUGGCCCAAAACAACAACUCAACAAUAACUCCUCCAAGUUAAUUGUAUCUCCUCUCUAGAUUCAGGUUUUACAUGUAAAAUGUCACACAUUCAACAGUUUGAUAAUUUAAUAGUUUGUAUGCUAAGUAUGUAAUUUCUCCUUAAUUUCUAAGUGCAACGAAACGCUGAAGCUUUUGGCAUGAUCUUAUGUUUUCACAGUUACAACUUAAA